AUGACGCUCGUUACUCGACACCUCCUGUGCCCCGCAGGCGGGAAGCUCGGACAGGUACUUGUCAGAGCUCCUGCUGCUGCGGGUUCUCCUUUGUUUUUCUCUUCUCUCUCUUGUGUUUCUGUCCCUCCUCCUCUUUGCGCCGUCUCCAUUCCCCGCACAUCGGCAGAGAAACUCGUGGAGGCAAACCGACCGCCGCGACCUGUCCGAGGAGAGGACAGGCGCCGGCUGUCAGGGCGAAGGAGACAAGUCGAGAAGAGCGCAGACGCUUCGCGAGCUCUUCAGCUUCCUUGCGGAGCUGCCGCCGCUCGCUCGAGUUCGCCCCCAAAGCUCUUGCCUUCUCUCGCUUGUGCUUCGCCUUUCUCUCGCUAUCUCGCCUCUGCUCCGCGGGCUGCGCCUCUUCUCCAGUCUCCCGUUCUUUCCUCAAGUUCCCUUUCUCACGACAGACCUUUCUCCAUGUCCAUCGCCUCGUCCCCUGCCCUCGCGUCGCCUCUCUGCCGUCCGCGCUUCUUCUCUCUCACCGUCCAGGUUUCCUCUGAGAAAGGAGGCGGAAGAGAAGGAAGCGAAGACGAAGGAACAACAUCAGAGCAGCCUGGCGGAGGCAGAGAUAGUUUCGAAAGGGAUUGCGUCCUCGCGAAGGCCGGGCGCCUGCUGCACCGCGCUGUACCGGCAGCCUGGAAGGCGCUCGAGAGGAGACAGCUGGAAAUGCGUCUCCCCAAGUACAUCUUUGACGAUUCUUUGUCAGAAGACCCUUUGCUCGGAAUGAGGAUCAUGGAAUUUCGUGAUACCCCGAGAGAGGCCCUACAAGCACACCGAGACGAGAUCGACGCUCGACUGAAGGCAUUCGCGGGGGACAUCGACCCGUUUGCCUUCGUUCGCGACGAUGUGGAGAGCCUGGAUCUCAGUCUGCUUUCUUCAGUUCGCUCGGUUUAUCCGGAAGUCUCGCCUGUAGCACGGUACCUCCUGACGGCACCGGGGAAGCGUUUUCGGCCGGUGCUGCUGCUGAUCCUCCGUCAGGCCUUGUUGAGCUUGAACGUGACUUCACGUUCGGAGCCUGGAGACGAGAGCGCCUCUCUGAGAAGUCGUUCUCUCUCGCCUUCGGGCUCUGCUUCUCCGCUUCUGUCUUGCGGCGCUGCGUUCAGCGCAAAGAGCCAAACGAGAAGGAAAGACGGCUUGGAACUCUGCAUGGUACACGUGGCGGAGCUCAUUCACACAGCCAGUCUGAUGCACGACGACGUCAUUGACGGCGCAGACACACGACGCGGCCAGCCGGCGACUCAUCGACGCUUCUGCAACAAGACGGCAAUUCUCGGCGGAGAUUUUCUCCUUAGUCGAGGGAAUGGAAUCGUCGCCAUGUGCGGCUCGACAGAGGUGAUGAUGCGGAUGUCAAGCGUGAUCGAAAGCCUGGUGAAGGGAGAGCUGAUUCAAGCUCUCAGCGACUCUAGAGGUGACUUAGAAAGCGCACUCCGGACGUAUCUCACCAAAACUUACCACAAGACCGCCUCGCUGAUCGCGGAAAGCUGUGCAUGCCUUGCGAUUCUAAUGGGCUUGCCCUCGCGCUGGGUCACGUGGAGCGCCGACUUUGGAGCUUGCGUCGGGAUGGCCUUUCAGCUGUACGAUGACGAACUGGAUUUUACUGCAUCCUCUGAGAACCUGGGAAAGCCGGCCCUCAAUGACUUGCGAUCGGGACUUGUCACUGCCCCGCUCUUGAUGGCGGCUCUGGAGGAGGAAGCCCGAGGCGCGUCGGCAGGAGGCGAAGCUCGAACCAUUUUGGAGAGACGGGCUGACCGGGAAGGCGACGUCGAAAAAGCCAUAAAACUGAUUUUUGCCAGUGACGCCAUGCCCCGUUCCCAACUGAUGGGGCGGCUGUAUGUACGCCGAGCCACUGAGUUGCUCGAGGAGUUGACAGCCGAAAUUGGGACGUCUUCGCUUGGGGGUUCUGACGGCGAUGCCGCAAAGAAGGCAGCAAUUCCCGACGCAUGUCGCGCUCUGGCAGCGCUCCUGCAGGCCACUCUCCAGCGGCGGUCUGGGUGAAGAAGUGACGAGAUGCACACCAGCACUGUUGUGGAGGGGCAUGAGAAACACCAGCAAACGGGAAAGCACACCGAGGAAGACAGUAAACUCCGCGGGACGAACGACUGUGGCGCGUUCCGUGGUAAAACAUGAGGCUGAUGCGGUCUCGUGAGUACGGGGAGAAGGAGCUGAGGUUCCUCUGUUGCUCAUUUGAGGGUAUGAGUACGUCUAAUGAAGCUGCCACGAAAGCCGGCGGUGGAGUCUCGACAGAUUGACCAUUUUGCUGUGGAGGCGAACCAGGAGGAAUGUGUUCAAGUGUCGCGCUUCCCACGAACACCAGCAUUGACACUUCUGCAACAAGACUGGCUGU